AUGUCUGUUAAAAUAUUCUACGACGUACUGUCGCACCCUGCGAGGUCGGUGUUGAUGUUUGUGAGAGCAAACAAGAUCCCAUACACUCCAUGUCCAAUAGCCAUACGAAAAAGUGAGCACCAAUCCAAGGAGUAUGCAGCCGUCAGUCCAAUGAUGAAGAUUCCGGCUAUGCAAGACGGAGAGUUCAAACUCACAGAGAGGUAUGGAUCAACAACACUGCCAGGUGCCGGAGACACAUGUGCACCCAAAAUUUUAGUGAUCUUCCCCCGGAUGACGGGCACCCCACCAGACCCUGUGGCCCUUGCACCAGACAUCCAGAGAAUGGAAGAAACCUUAGACAACUUAGAAAAGCACUUCCUCCAGGAAAAACCUUUCCUGUGUGGGUAUGAUAUCAGCAUCGCAGACCUGUUUGGCGUCAACGAGGUUAUACAGGUGGAACCCUGCGGCUAUGGCACGCUAGACAGAAGACCAAAGCUGAAGGCGUGGAUAGGGAGAGUGAGAGAGCACGUACAACCAGAGAUCUUUGACGAUGUCUCGCAACUCAUGUACAGACUCGCCAAAGCAAAACAAAAGCUCUUCAACCACAUCUUCAUCACGGACGUCAGCGUCGAGAUUCUUCACGGCUCUUCAGCCACGACAACGAAGUUACAUCUCCGCCUCUUCAAGCCUCCGCACAUCAUCGCCUUCAACCACAUCUUCAUCACGGACGUCAGCGUCGAGAUUCUUCACGGCUCUUCAGCCACGACAACGAAGUUACAUCUCCGCCUCUUCAAGCCUCCGCACAUCAUCGCGUGA